AUGGGUCUUGAAGGAACUAUUGCGCCACAAGUCGGCAACCUCUCAUUUCUUGUUUCGCUUGAUCUUAGUAAUAACUACUUCCAUGGCUCUCUUCCUAAGGAUAUUGGUUCCAUACCAACCACCAUUUUCAACAUGUCUUCUUUGCUCAACAUUAGUCUCUCCUAUAAUAGCCUCUCUGGGAGUCUUCCCAUGGAUAUAUGCUACACCAAUCUAAAGCUCAAGGAGCUUAAUCUUUCAUCAAAUCAUUUGAGUGGAAAGGUCCCCACCGGUUUAGGCCAAUGUAUAAAGCUUCAAGGAAUUUCCUUAUCAUAUAAUGAUUUCACGGGAAGCAUACCAAGUGGAAUUGGUAAUUUGGUAGAGCUUCAGAGCUUAUCUCUCCAGAAUAACAGCUUGACAGGAGAAAUACCUCAAUCACUAUUCAACAUCUAUUCGUUAAGGUUUUUGAAUUUGGAAAUAAAUAACCUAGAAGGUGAAAUCUCUAGUUUUUCUCAUUGUCGAGAGCUUCGAGUGCUAAAAUUAUCAAUCAAUCAAUUCACUGGAGGCAUUCCAAAAGCCCUAGGGAGUUUGUCUGAUCUUGAAGAAUUAUAUCUUGGUUAUAACAAAUUGACAGGUGGAAUUCCUAGAGAGAUUGGGAUUCUUUCAAAUUUAAAUAUUUUGCACUUAGCGUCUAGUGGAAUCAAUGGCCCUAUUCCUGCCGAAAUUUUCAAUAUCUCUUCAUUGCACAGGAUUGAUUUCACUAAUAAUAGCCUUUCGGGGGGUCUUCCAAUGGAUAUUUGUAAACAUCUUCCUAAUCUCCAAGGGCUCUAUCUUUCUCAGAAUCAUCUCAGUGGUCAACUUCCUACAACUCUAUUUUUAUGUGGAGAGCUCCUGUUACUGUCAUUAUCAAUCAAUAAAUUCACAAGAAGCAUACCAAGAGAUAUUGGCAACUUAUCAAAGCUUAAAAAGAUCUAUCUAAGCACCAAUAGCCUCAUAGGUUCCAUUCCAACUUCAUUUGGUAAUUUGAAGGCCUUAAAAUUCCUUCAGUUGGGGUCCAACAAUCUUAUAGGGACGAUACCAGAAGAUAUUUUUAACAUCUCUAAACUACAGACCCUUGCGUUGGCGCAAAAUCACCUUUCAGGCGGUCUUCCAUCAAGUAUUAGCACUUGGCUCCCAGAUCUUGAAGGGCUUUUUAUAGGAGGCAAUGAAUUCAGUGGAACAAUUCCAGUGUCUAUUUCAAAUAUGUCAAAACUUAUCCGGCUACACAUAUCGGACAACUAUUUCAUUGGUAAUGUGCCAAAAGAUCUCAGUAACCUAAGGAAGCUUGAAGUUCUCAACCUUGCAGGCAAUCAAUUGACUGAUGAACACUUAACCUCUGAGGUUGGUUUUCUUACUUCUUUGACAAAUUGCAAAUUUUUGAGAACAUUGUGGAUAGAUUAUAAUCCUUUAAAAGGCACUCUUCCAAAUUCACUAGGGAAUCUUUCCGUUGCUCUUGAAAGUUUUACAGCAUCAGCCUGCCAUUUCAGAGGAACCAUUCCCACAGGAAUUGGUAAUUUGACCAAUUUGAUAUGGCUGGACCUGGGAGCUAAUGACUUAACAGGGUCGAUUCCAACUACAUUGGGACAGCUACAGAAGCUCCAACGAUUGUACAUUGCUGGAAAUAGAAUACAAGGAUCCAUUCCAAAUGAUCUUUUCCAUUUGAAGAACUUGGGAUACUUGCAUUUGAGUUCUAACAAAUUGUCUGGAUCAAUCCCAAGUUGUUUUGGAGAUCUUCCUGCGCUACGAGAACUCUCUCUUGACUCCAAUGUGUUAGCUUUCAACAUUCCUAUGUCCUUUUGGAGCCUUAGAGAUUUGUUGGUUCUUAGCUUGUCUUCAAAUUUCUUGACUGGUAAUCUACCUCCCGAAGUUGGAAACAUGAAGUCCAUUACAACAUUGGACCUGUCAAAGAACCUUAUUUCAGGUUACAUUCCAAGAAGGAUGGGAGAACUACAAAAUUUGGUUAAUCUUUGCUUGUCCCAAAACAAACUACAAGGCUCAAUACCUGUAGAAUUUGGUGAUUUGCUAAGCUUGGAAUCCAUGGAUCUAUCUCAGAACAAUUUAUCUGGAACCAUUCCCAAGUCAUUGGAGGCCCUUAUUUAUCUCAAGCAUCUAAAUGUUUCUUUCAAUAAACUACAAGGAGAAAUUCCGGAUGGAGGACCUUUCGUAAAUUUCACUGCUGAAUCGUUCAUCUUCAAUGAAGCCUUAUGUGGAGCACCUCAUUUUCAAGUCAUAGCAUGUGAUAAAAACAACCACACUCAAUCAUGGAAGACAAAGUCAUUCAUCUUGAAAUAUAUUCUACUACCAGUCGGAUCAAUAGUAACUUUAGUGGCUUUCAUUGUUCUGUGGAUACGUAGACAAGAUAACACGGAAAUACCAGCUCCAAUUGAUUCAUGGCUUCCUGGAGCACAUGAAAAAAUUUCACAGCAGCAACUUCUUUAUGCAACAAACGACUUUGGUGAAGACAAUUUGAUUGGGAAAGGAAGCCUAGGCAUGGUAUACAAAGGGGUAUUAUCUAAUGGCUUAACUGUUGCUAUAAAGGUUUUCAAUUUAGAAUUCCAAGGAGCCUUGAGGAGUUUCGAUUCAGAAUGUGAAGUGAUGCAAGGGAUCUGCCACCGAAAUCUUAUCAGGAUAAUUACCUGUUGCUCAAACCUUGAUUUCAAAGCAUUGGUGCUCGAAUAUAUGCCUAAAGGAAGUCUUGAUAAGUGGUUGUAUUCUCAUAACUAUUUUUUGGAUCUCUUCCAAAGAUUAAAUAUUAUGAUUGAUGUAGCAUUGGCAUUGGAGUAUCUUCAUCAUGAUUGUUCGAGCCUUGUGGUGCAUUGCGACUUGAAGCCCAGUAAUGUUUUGUUAGAUAACAACAUGGUUGCUCAUGUGGCUGAUUUUGGGAUUGCAAGACUCUUAACUGAAACAGAGUCUAUGCAGCAAACAAAGACCUUGGGCACAAUAGGCUAUAUGGCACCAGAGUAUGGCUCAGAUGGGAUAGUAUCCACAAAGGGCGAUGUUUAUAGCUAUGGGAUCUUGCUUAUGGAAGUAUUUGCAAGGAAGAAGCCUAUGGAUGAAAUGUUCACUGGGGAUGUAACCUUGAAGACUUGGGUGGAGUCAUUAUCCAGUUCAGUGAUAGAGGUUGUUGAUGCCAAUCUAUUGAGAAGAGAUAAUGAAGACCUUGCCACAAAGUUGAGCUAUUUAUCCUCACUUAUGGCUUUAGCUUUGGCAUGUACAGCUGAUUCACCUGAGGAGAGGAUCAACAUGAAAGAUGUGGUAGUAACUCAAGAAGAUCAAAAUCAAACUGUUGAUGUAAGGAUUACUUCAAAAGAUGGGAUGGAAUUUAAGAACAUCAAAGUGUUACACAAUACUUCAUGUCAAUAG